AAUCUCGCGAGAUUUUGAGCGUUAGCCAAGCUAGCAUCGUGAGCUAACUGUUAGACUGUCGACGCCGCCAAAAACACACAUUUAGCACAAUUAACAAACACAUAGACACAUCCACAGAUAUAUCUAAUGGCGACGGACACGCCUGGUGUCUUAUAAAAGCCGUAACGCGUCUGUUUUCGGUGGCUUGGUCGGUUAACGGCUGCCGUUGCUAAGAAGCUAGGUUGCUAGGAAGCUAGGUUGCUAAGGAGCUAAGUUGCUAAGAGGCUAGGUUGCUAACAUCCGCCUCCACUAGCUGCUGGAACCAGGAAGGAGAAGCAGUUGACCAGACGAGCAGCUUUGGCCUCAAAGGAAAAGAAUAUUUAUACGGUCCUAAGUGCAAAGAUGUCAAAGGCUCCGGAUUCUCCAGCUCGGUCCCGCUCCAGAUCAAAGUCCAGAUCCAGAUCCUACUCCAGAUCUCACUCUAGAAGCCGCUCCCGCUCAAGGUCCAGAAAACGUCGCUAUAGUGGAGGCAAGGGAGAAAAAUUUUCUUCAACAUCUCAAGCUAACACACGUUCCAGGUCUCGUUCCCGCUCUCGCUCUCACUCUCCGUCCUACAGAAACUAUCCUACCAGGGACUACCAGAACAACAGAGGUGGUGGGUUCAGAGGCUACAACCGAGGCUACCGGAGGCCCUUCCACUACCGCGCCAGAAACCGAGGCUAUUACCCACGCGGCGGCCAUUACCAGAACAGGGGAGGAGGCUAUGGCUACAAGUCCAACUGGCAAGGUGGAGGUGGAGGUGGAGGUGGUGGAGGCUGGCACGAUCGCCACCAUGACCAGGACCACCACUCACACAGCCCCAGGAGGGGGCGCUCACGCUCACGCUCCCGCACACCCAAGAAGCGCUCGGUCAGCAGGAGCCGUUCCCACAACUCCGACCGCUCGUCUUCCCGGGGAUCUCGACGCUCCAGGCGUUCCAGCUACUCUUCACGGUCCCGGUCCUCAUCACCACGUCAUCGCAGCAGCAAGGGCAAGCCUCCCAAGGAUGCUAAGGAUGUAAAGGUAGAAAGUCGAGCAGAGAAAUCAGGUCAGGCAGCGGACGGCAGCGCCAUCGAGAAGGCAUCUGGAGGUAAAUGGAUUGACUAUGACGCCAGCCCGAAACGAAUCAGCCCAGAGACUAAAAAAGAGGAUUCUCCCACUAGUCCUGAUGGCAAAGGGCCCGCCGCAAGUUCUGGUUCUCUGUGGAAAACCAUCGGCACCGCGUCGCCUCCAGCAAAGAGCCCCACAAAGUCCGGACAGACUGCCUCCUUCAGCGGCUUCGGCUUCUUCUCAAAGGAAGACGCCAAAUGUGGAGAUAAGGCCGGGAUCUCUGCCGCCUUCAAAAAGUUCUUGGCUGAGAAUAAAAACAAAAAACAGGCUGCUGAAAAGGAGAACGGUCGCGAUAAAGAGCAGCGCGCCACAGAUAGAGAACUGGAGAAAGGAAGCAAGUCCGGAGACCUUUUCAACACCUCGUCCACUUCUUUCGGCGACUCCAAAGAAGACAUGCCUUUCUUUGACGCUGGCGAAGAGGAGUUCCUCAAGUCUCACGGGCUGAAAGAGGGGGACAUCGAUGAGGACGGGGAGGUCAAAACCACCCUCACCGCUCGGGACAUUUUCGGGAAAUGGGGGGACGAGCCGAGCUAUUCCACGUCCUACCCGUCGGUUAAAGAGAAAAGCCGGAGAGACGCUGAAGAUGUCGAGCCUGUAGACCACUUAGAGGAGGAGAUGUACCGAAGCCGCAAGCACAGCUCCAAGAAAGAGGAGAAGGCCAAGAAGAAGGAGAAGAAAGAGAAGGAGAAGUCCAGAAGGAGUCCGUCCUCUCCCGCAACUUCCAGAGAGAAGGAGCGGCCGCUGUUUCCUGGAGCUUUCCCUCCUCGGAAGGAGUCACCUGUACGACACAUGUCUGCGUCAAGGGACGACUUUGAACAAAAAAUCGGCUCUGUAGAUGAAAUGCCCAGCUCCUCCCUUUCUAAAGAGCGCCUCACUCCCCGAGAACCGCUGAAUCCCACUAAGAAAGAUCCCGAGUUUCGUUCCAUUUUCCAGCACGUUCAGUCGGCGCAGCUCCGCCGCAGCCCCUCUGAGCUGUUUGCUCAGCACAUAGUCUCAAUCGUGCACUACAUCAAAGCUCAACACUUCCAGUGCUCAGACAUGACUUUAAGUGAGCGGUUUGCCAUGUACCAAAGAAAAGCUGCAGAGGUAGAAAUGAUGAAGCCAAGGAAGAGCCCAGAAAUCCACAGGAGAAUCGAUGUUUCCCCCAGUGCCUUUAAGAGGCACUCUCGCCUGUUUGAGGAUAUGGAGGAGACGAGCUACAAGGAUCCAAGUAAAAAGUUCAAAGGCGACGUGAUGGACCUCCGUCUGGAUAUUGAAAGACGUAAGAGGUUUGCUGGGAAGGAGUACAAGCGUGAAGGAGGCAGGAGCCCCGGAGGCUCCCGAGGACCGAGCAGAGAGAAGUCCUCUGAGAAAUCUGGGAAGCACCACAAGAAAUCCAAGAAGGGUAAGAAGAAACGGGAUCGCUCUCCAUCCUCCUCUUCCUCUUCAUCCUCUACAUCCCCUUAUCCUCCACCUUUCAGAGGUAAAGAGUUCAUGGGAGGAGAGGGGAUGGAGCACUCGGAGGAGGGCUACGGUCACCCACGUUAUCCUCCGCGGGACUACAGUGGGCCCGGAGACAGGGGGGGCCACUAUGAGGGCCACAACGCGGAGAGAGGCCGAGCGCGUGGAUUUUUCCCUAGAGUCAGAGGGAGAGGGUGGAGCAGGGGGAAUUAUCCAGGAGGCGGUGGCGGAGGCGGCGGCGGAGGCGGUGGUGGUGGUGGCGGCGGCGGCGGCAACAACAGCAAUGGAAACCCUGCCAAUAUGAAUCCUGCAGUGCGCCCUCCGGAGGAGGAGUGGGACCCUGAAUACACUCCCAAGAGCAGGAAGUAUUACCUGCGUUAUGAUAAGCAUGAAGAAGAAGAAGAAGAAGUUUCAAGUCAGUCCAGACAUGACGACCGUGAUGGUGAGAAAACCUGGAUAGACAACCGCGGAAGAGGCCGGGGUUCCUUCCCGCCUCGCCGCGGACGCUUCGUCUACCGCAAGGGGGGCAGCAGCCCGAAGUGGACCCACGACAUGUUCCAGGGAGGACAGGAGGGGCAGAUGGGAGACGACAACAUCGAAGUAGAGCGCAAAGAACCCAAGAGCGCUGGAGACGCCUCCGCCCAGAAGCAGUAGAGCCGCUCACUCCCAUCGCCAUCACCAUCUACACAUUCGUCAGAACGGUUCCAGCGAUGAUGAAGGGGGUUAUUCUGCUUUAUUCUCCACGUCAUCUCAUCAUUUAAUGGUUAAAAAACAAAAGUGAGUUUGAGCCUUCUCACAGUUAAAGUGAAGAAAGAAGUGACUUGAAUGAAGAGCAGCACUCGGUUACGUUUUGUAUGUGAGGUUAGCUUCAUUUCAGAGUGGUCUUUUUUUAUGUAAAGGUGAGUUUUUGUUUUACAGCUGGUCGACUUAAUCGUUUUAAGGGAGAAAAUACUGAGGCAACAAAGAUGAAUAUUCUGUGAAAAUAUGACAUAAAUAGGAAAAUGAAUUUGUGCCUUAGAAAAUAAAUAAUAAUCCAUCUGUUCGACGGUACAGCCCCCCGGCUACGAGAGGUACAGCUGUAUACCUAUUUCAGUGUAGAAAGGCAUUAGAUGAUUUCCAUCUUCUCGUUUUUCUGUUUGUUUUUUGGGGCUGUGAUAAAUCUUCGAUGUUACUGCAUGAAAGCGUUUGAUUCAUACCUCGCUCCUCGGGACCAAUCAGCAGCGGGCUCAGGGCUCACGAUCGUCAAAUUAUCAGACAUGGAAAAAGUUCGAUGAACCCCCCGACCGAUUGAUGUUUGUCACUCAUAUUAUCCGAUCUUUUUCAUAUAGUGCCACUUCACCUGUAUUUCUCAUUAGUUGGGGGGGGAGACAUUUUUAUGUGUGUGUUACAGUAUAUUCUCAUUGAUUGUGGGUGUUUUCAGUUCAAAAGAAAUUGUAAAGAAUUUGGCACCAAAAUCCCCUGAUUUAGCUUUAAACGUAGAUUUUCUGCCUCAUCAAUUUAGGUAAGUGGCUACCUUUUGUUUAGACUUUUAAUAAAAAAAUGAAUAGUUCUUACAAAAGGCUAAUACAUGUAUAGAAUUAUAAGGACCUAAAUUAUUGUAAUCUUAACAUCUGGGGGAAGGGAAAACUGAAUAUAGUUCUUUUUUUUUUCUUUUUUUUAAUACAACAGUUGCAGUAAAUCCUCUCGCAAAAACAAGCUUAACAUGAAAACGUGAAGAGAAACCCUAAAGAAUUUGUGACACAACAUUUUGUCAAAGGCAACGAUGUAAUUUUUAAGAGGAAUUGACGCGCAGACUAGCAGAACUAGUUUUGUGAAUCUCACUGUGCUGCUUCGUCCCACUUUUGAUUGUACAUACUGCAUGUACUAAAACAGAACUGUAGGACUUUUUUUUGUUUAAUCUGAAGCUGAAAACUUUUGUACUGUUCCCAAGAGCUUUGGAGUAUUUUGUCUUUUCAUUUUCAAUAAAUCUUUCUUUGAUUCAGGGCAA